AUGGCCCCUCCUCAUCCAAGGGCCGUGGCGCUAACAGACCAGCAGCCCAGGGAGGACGCGCACAGGAGACCGGGCCAGGGGCCAAAGCCCACCCCCACGGAGAGGAGCUGUGGGAGCUGGGGAUGGAGCGGCUGUGCUCCUCCUGGGCGCCCGUGCGGACGCUGCCCUACGCCAUGGUGGACAAGCGCUUCCUCCGGCCUCUUUGGCACCGGAAUCCAGUCCUACUUCACCUUCCUCCGCUUCCUGCUGAUGCUCAACCUGCUGACCGUGCUUCUGACCGCCGGCUUCGUGCUGCUGCCCCUGGUCUGGCUCCGCCCACCGGACCCCGGCCCCGCCCUCAACCUCACCCUCCAGUGCCCUGGUGACCCCCAGCCUGUGACUGCUGAUCCCAGUUUCCACUCCCGACUUUGGAAUGUGUUAACUGGCCGGGCCUUCAACAACACCUAUCUCUUCUAUGGCGCCUACCGGGCGGGGCCCGAGGGCAGCUCCGCCUACAGCAUCCGCCUGGCCUACCUCCUGAGCCCGCUGGCCUGCCUCCUGCUCUGCUUCUGCGGGACCCUGCGGCGGAUGGUGAAGGGGCUGCCCCAGAAGCUGUUCCUGGGCCAGGACUACCGGUCGCCGCUCAGCGCCAAGGUCUUCUCCUCCUGGGACUUCUGUAUCCGCGGCCGGGAGGCAGCCACCAUCAAGCAGCACGAGAUCAGCAACGAGUUCAAGGUGGAGCUGGAGGAGGGGCGUCGGUUCCAGCUGGCGCAGCAGCAGACGCGGACCCAGAGAGCCUGCCAUCUGCUCUCCUACCUGCGGGUCAACUUCCUCAUCGGGCUCCUGGUGGUCGGGGCCAUCAGCGCCAUCUUCUGGGCCACCAAGUACUCGCAGGACUACAAGGAGGAGACCCUGUUUGUGCUGCUGCAGUACCUGCCGCCUGGGGUCAUCGCCCUGGUCAACUUCCUGGGCCCCCUGCUCUUCGUCUUCCUGGUGCAGCUGGAGAGCUACCCUCCCAACACCGAGGUCAACCUCAUCCUCGUCUGGUGCGUGGUGCUGAAGCUGGCCAGCCUGGGCAUGUUCUCCUUCUCGCUGGGCCAGACCAUGCUGUGCCUCGGCCGCAACAAGACCAGCUGUGAGUCCCACGGCUACAACGCCUGUGACUACCAGUGCUGGGAGAACUCGGUGGCUGAGGAGCUGUACAAGCUGAGCAUCUUCAACUUCCUGCUCACCGUGGCCUUCGCCUUCCUGGUCAGCCUGCCUAGGAGGAUGCUGGUGGAGCGGUUCUCAGGCCGGUUCUGGACCUGGCUGGGCCGGGAGGAGUUCCUCGUGCCCACGAACGUGCUGGACAUCGUGGCGGGGCAGACGGUCAUCUGGAUGGGCCUCUUCUACUGCCCCCUGCUGCCCCUGCUCCACAGCGUCUUCAUAUUCCUCACUUUCUACAUCAAGAAGUACACCCUCCUGAGGAACUCCAGGGCGUCCCUGCGGCGGUUCCGGGCCUCGAGCUCCACCUUCUUCUUCCAGCUGGUGCUCAUCCUGGGCCUGCUCCUGGCCACCGUGCCGCUGGGCUACGUGGUCAGCAGCAUCCACUCCUCUCGGGGUUGCGGCCUCUUCACCAACUACUCGGCCCCCUGGCAGGUGGUCCCUGAGCUGGUGGCCCUCCGGCUGCCACCCCCUGGCCAGCAGGCCCUCCACUACCUGGGCUCCCAGGCGUUCAGCUUUCCCCUCCUCAUCCUGCUCAGCCUCGUCCUGACGGUGUGCGUCUCCCAGUCCCAGGCCAACGCCAGGGCCAUCCAGGGGCUCCGGAAGCAGCUGGUGUGGCAAGUCCAGGAGAAGUGGCACCUGGUGGAGGACCUGUCCCGGCUGCUGCCAGAACUGGGCCUCGGUGACUCGCCGGGGCCCCAAUCGCCUCACUCUCCAUCUUCGCGCCCGCGGUCCUUCUGCCCUGGAUUCCCUUGCCCGGGCUCCCCGGGGACCAGGUCCCCCAAGGCCCUCAGGUCCCCCAGGCCCUCACCCUCCCACGCGGAUCCCGCCUGUAGAUUCCGCUUCCCCAGCAGCGCGGAGCUGUAGCACCGACCCUCACUCCGUCUGGAGCCUCCCCGGCCGCCCUGCAGCCCCACCGCCACCCCAGAGUCCCUCCUGCCCCACGCUCCUGCUCCCUGGUGACGCCCCAAAGCGGGGUUCACACACCCAGGGCAGCAGGAAGAAAACAUGGAAACUUGUGUUUAUAGUCUGUAUUUUUUUUUAUUUCUUUGUAUAGGUAUUUUUAUCUUAUUUCUUUAAAUUUUGUAUUUUGUUGAUUGUAUGAUGACAUAAUAUGUUAGUAUAAUAAGCCAUGAAUACAGUUUAUAAAUACACACCCA